AUGGCUGCCCCAGCUUCAGCCUACAAGGACCGACAAUUCAUCGCAGUAAUCGGAGAUGAAGACUCGGUCACAGGUCUCCUGCUUGCGGGCAUUGGACACGUUACAGACCCUCCCGACGCUCAGAAGAACUUCCUCGUUGUUGAUGGGAAAACCGAGAAGUCCUUAAUCGAGUCCACAUUCAACUCAUUCACCAAGGAGCGAAAAGACAUUGGCAUCGUCCUCAUUAACCAGCAUAUUGCAGAACAAAUACGAGAUGCCGUCGACAGAUUCCAGGAUGCAUUUCCAGCUGUCCUAGAGAUACCUAGUAAAGACCACCCAUACGAUCCGGAGAAGGAUAGUGUGUUGCGACGAGUGAGAAGAUUAUUCGGAGAAUAG